AGGCGAUCUUCAGUAGGCUCGAACUUGCAGAACUCGUUGAGGAGGAUGGCGACAGCCGAAAGCUGCUGGCAGAACCUGGGGAGCUCAUGGAGCCCAAGCGAUUCUGCUGGUCAGGCCCUGCAGCGGCGCUUUCGGCCCUGUUUUUGGUGGCAGUCGCCGGGGUUGCUUGGUAUGUGGCCCUGCCCUCACAUUCAGAGGUCUCACCUGCUAUGAUGCAGAUGAAAGUGGCGAAGCACGCCUGCAUGGCUCAGUGCCCAAAGCCGCGGCGACUGAAGGAGAAAGAGGAGCCAGAUCCCGCCAUUGCGCUGGAGAAUUGCAUGGAGAAAUGCCCGAGCUCGGGGUUCAUGGCCGCGGUGGAGUUCGAGGGCUGCAAAGCAGCCUGUGAAAGCAAACACCCACAGUCAGGCAAAAUGGCCAAGAUGCCGGCUGGGGGUCCUCCAAUGGAAGCAUGCAAGCAGAAGUGCGCGGAUGGAAUCAGCGGAAAUUUCUGGCGUGUAAGGUUGCAGCGAUGUGCAAACCAAUGUGCAAUCACCACGGCAGCACAAGAGGUGAUGGACCAGAUGAAGUACAACAUCUCUUCGCCAGAGCUGCGAGAUCUCGAAACCGAGGUGGUCAGCGUGCUGAAGAAGAGGAUCACGUUCAAGAAGCGCCCUGAUGAUCACCCCUUUAGCUUUUUGAUCUACCAGUGCAAGAGCAAAACGGAGGACGCGUUGGCCAAAGCUCUGGGGAUCCCAGAUGGCCAUGCCAAGCCAUCCGUGAUCAUGAGGCC